UUGUGAAGAGGGGAUAUGGCGGCUGCCAUCUUGGGAGGGGAAGCGCUGAGAAGGGGCGGGGAGGACGCAGGGCGCUGCAGGGACGUUUCCGCUGCCGGGGCGGGCGGCGGUGACCGUGGGGAGUCCUUUGGGGCCGCCAUGGGGCUGCACGGAGGUGCCGGGCGCGGAGGGGAGCCUGAGGAGGAGGAGGAGGAGGAGCUGGUGGACCCCCUGACCACCCUGCGGGAGCACUGCGAGCAGACGGAGAAGUGCGCCAAGGCGAGGGAGCGGCUGGAGCUGUGCGACGCCAGGGUGUCCUCCAGGUCCCAGACGGAGGAGCAGUGCACCGAGGAGCUCUUCGAUUUCCUGCACGCCAGGGACCACUGCGUUGCUCACAAGCUCUUUACCAAGCUGAAGUGAACACUGGAGCGAUUGUCCAUCUGCUUCCAUAAUCUGACAGAAAGCUCUCGUCGGUUCAUGGAUUCACAGACUGCUUCCUGCCUGUUUAUUGUCAAUGUGAAGUAAAAGCAGAGCCGCUUUGUGGCAGUGACCAAUUGCCAGCAUGUCACUGCAUCUGUUCUCAUGGAAGAUGUGCAGCUACAGAAAACCCAUGCUGAUGUUCUGUAAUUUUCCAUAAUAAACAUUCAAAGUUCCUGUGGAAA